CAUCCGACACGCUCACGAUAGCGCGCUUUCAAUCGCGAACUAAAAACAUUUUACAGAGAAAUAUGAAACUGGGUCUGGUUUGAGGAACUGAAGAUUCCGGCAGACCGAAGACUUGUGCACGGUUACAUAUGAGAAGUGAUGCGUUAAAUGGGCAGAAAUCUAUUUAAGAUGGAAAUUAUAACCAGUUCAAGUCAUUCCCAACCGUAGCAUGAAAGGACUCAGAGAAGGCCUUGUGAAGGCGUGAUGAAAUCUAAGUAGUCAUUGACGGUAUCACUCCGGACCAUUAACACUGCUCACAUAAUGAAUUUGUCUGUAAAACUGUGUAAUUCUUGGAUGUUUUAUAUCUUUAUUUGGAUAUGCAUUCACAUUUUAAAUACGGAGAGCAGUUGUUCAUUUCCUACUACUUGGAAAGAUAAAACGUUCAGAGAUUCUUCGAGUGGAUCGGUCACAGAAAACAUACAUUUCUACGGUGGAUUUGUUAGAUGGCCAUUCACAGUUUAUGGAACAAAUAUAGAUAUGUGGAAUUGUCAUGACAGCAACGAAAAUGAAAUUGUUAUCAUAGGGUCUACUACUGUCACCCACAAUUCACAAACACUGCACGCCUACCGGUGUUUGCUAUACACAGACACGGCCAAUAGCCUGUUCUACUAUUUCCCGGCCAGAGAUGUGGCGGACGGAAGCAGAGUCAUCCUGUCAACAAGUCCAUCUCUGUCUAUUUGUGACGUGUGUUCCUCAAUAGAACCAGAGCUACACACCAUGUCUUUACUGGCGAGCUGUGAUUGUACACCACCUUGCUCUGAUUUAACAACUACGGGGACAUGUUCUCAGACUGUGGAUUUAUCUAACGUUCAGUGUACACUGUCAGCAACAACAACAACAAUAACAACAACAUCAGCGACAACAACAACAACUGUGUCAUCAAACAUUCCAACAACGGCGGGGCCAGCCACGCCGGUUGUAUCAACUGCUUCACCGAGUAGUUCGAACACUUCUAACACGACCUCCAAGAAGUCUGAGGACGUGUUCACAGUGGAGGUGAUAGUGAUUCUGUGUGCUAGUCUUCUUGUGUUGUGUCUAAUUCUUGUUACAUCGACUGUAGCCAUUGUCAUAUAUAACAGAAACGAACAGUUAAGGAGACAGUUUCUGAAAGUCCGGAAGGUUCGGCCGGCGGAGACCGCGUAGAGGUGAAAAUCAGCAUUGAAUUCAUUGUGUCCUUGACUCUCUGUACUUUUGUGAUGGGUUUUAAUAAAGCAUUCUAUUUAUA